CCACUCCGUCAAGUUCCGGAAUCUCCAUCCACUGCAUUUCGUCCUCCUUUUGGGCCUCAGUCGAUGGCCUUAUCCGUUCCGCAGUAACCCCUUCCAUGGGAGCCUGCGCAGUUCAAAUUCAAAAUGGUCAGAAGCACUGAGCGCUACUUGAAAUUCUUAUUUUGUUUGCAUAAAAGCCCGAUAAAGGCAAGCGAUUCGUGGCUCCAAUCGAUGACGCCAACGGUCACAUGUCACUUCAUGAUAGUACAUUGUGACUGAUGAUAAAGGCCAAGUAGGUUGUGUACAUUCACAGAGAGCUCAGACGUCCCAAUUCCUACCGACCAUUAUCUCCCACUUUCAGUGACCACGUAAACUAACAAGCAUAGUUUAGUGUAAUGGCACUUUCUAUUAUGUUGCAUGUUGGAUCUUCGUCAGCAGAACGGCGUAGAAAUCAACAAGCAUAGUUUAGUGUAGAGGCGCUUUCAUCAGUAGACACAAAAGCAAUACUACUACCGGAAACGGGACUAGGUUCGAACUCCACCUAACCCAUUUGUGAAAAUACCACUUCCCAAAAUUUACCACUUUCUAAGCAGCGAGGCCUCACCAGUCACCAUGGUUCAUCAUCUCGACCUCCAUCCACCCCACUUUUUGUUGGAAUGCGCACUCAAUAGCUGUAAGUGGGAGCACUGAUGACUGUCAAAAGUUGAAAUUUUUGAUGCGUUCAUCGUUCUUUACUCGAAUCCUUACCCCCACAAUUACCCCCACAAAGCAUGAUGACGCCCCUAAACCCCUCAUAGUUAAAACCAUCACAGGUUGCUUCUGCACCACCGCGAAAGCUAAGCAUCCUCCGUUCACCACCACCACUGAAACCAAGGCAAGCAUCCUCGCUGCCAUCAUCACCGCCACCAAGCAAGCAACAUCCCCGCCUCAACCACCAUCAAACCGAACAUCUUUCUCCGCCACUGUCAUUUCCAAUCUGAACACUUUCUCUGCCACCGUUACCACCAAAGGGACAUUCUCCCUCCCACCAGAGCAAAGGAAACGUUAUUUGUGCUGCCAAUAUCAUAAAAAAACAGAGACACACGCUCCCUCCCUCUCUCUCUCUACCCUCUGUGCAGUCAUGAAUGUAAGAGCGCCGUCAUCACCAGCAGCACCACCCCACCAACUAUUGCUGCUGCUGCUGGUCAUCCUCCAAUUCUUGUUUCCUGUAGCGCACCAAACUGCAUGCAACGAGGCGGACAAGGCAGCGCUCUUGGGGUUCAAGUCAGGGAUCGUGUCCGACCCUUCCAAUCUGCUGGGUUCGUGGAACUCGUCAACCGACUGCUGCGAGUCAUGGGAAGGCGUCAACUGCAACUACGCCGGCCGUGUGGUCUGGCUAUCCCGACCGGGACUCCUCUCCGGCGACGACUUUAUCCUGGACACCUCAAUGUCAGGGACCAUUUCGCCCGCACUAGGCGACCUAGCCCACCUCGUCCAUCUCGACCUCAGCGACCUCAAGCACCUCGCUGGGUCUAUACCUCCCCCACUCGGCGAGCUCACCAGGCUCACUUUCCUCGACCUCCACGGCAAUCGACUCACCGGAACCAUUCCCGACUCCGUCGGCCGUCUCAUACGGCUCCGGCAACUCUACGUGGGAUUAAACCAGUUCACCGGCGAGAUCCCGCCGGCAAUCGGCAAUAUCCUAGCACUCACCGAGCUCGACCUUUCGGAGAACCACCUUACGGGUGGUAUUCCAGCGAGCUUUGGCGGUCUCGUCUCUGUGACCAAGCUCGACCUCCACGGGAACAACAUAUCUGGCGGCAUUCCACCGGAGAUCGGCCGGAUGGCAGCUCUGUCUUACCUGGACCUAUCAGGAAACCGACUUACGGGAGGAAUCCCGCCAGAAAUUGGAGGACUGUCGCGGCUUCGUCUCGCGUAUCUCAACGGUAAUCAGUUGUCUGGGAGCCUGCCGUCGUCCCUUUCUGGCCUGAGCGCGAUCAAGUUCCUCCGUUUAUCAGAGAACCGGCUCUCGGGCAGGCUGCCGGAAUCAAUCGGCUCGCUGUCGAAGCUCGAACGGCUGAUCCUCGAGAACAAUCGCAUCACAGGAGCACUCCCGGAGGCGCUUGGCAGAGUCGUAACCCUCUCGGAGCUCUAUCUCGCUAACAACCGUUUCAGUGGGAAGAUUCCGGCAAGCCUCGGGAACUUGACUGGCCUCCAGACUCUUGACCUAUCAAGAAACCGGUUGUCCGGCCCCAUCCCGCCAGAGCUAUCGGCAUUGAAGGGGUUGCAGACACUCGACCUAUCCUUCAACCCUCUCAACCUGCGAACUAUCCCCGUCUGGAUCUCCAGUCUCGGACUCUUCCGGCUGCACCUUGCCGGAACAGGGCUCGUGGGUGCGCUGCCGGAAUGGCUGUCAGCUUCGCCGCUAUCAACGCUCGAUCUCUCCAGCAAUAAAUUGUCCGGAGAAUUACCUAAUUGGAUCGGAAACAUGAGCACCCUCGCGUUCCUGAACUUCUCGCACAAUUCCUUCCGCUCAUCAAUCCCCCAAUCUUUCAGAAACCUCUCGCUCCUGAUGGAUCUCGACCUCCGGUCGAACCGCCUUGUCGGGAAACUGGAACCCAUCUUUCGAAAGUCGUUCGCCGAUCCACUAGGUCGGUUCAAUUCGAUCGACAUCUCGCAUAAUCGGUUCUCCGGACCGGUCGACGCCGAUAUCGGGAAUCUCGAGAGCACGGACAUGAUCGAGAAGCUGGUGCUCUCUGGAAAUCCCUUGAAAGGAAAGAUCCCGCCAUCCAUAGGCAACAUGAGCCGGUUGCGAGUUUUGGAACUCUCCGGGAACGGGCUCGUCGGAAGGAUCCCGGAAGAAUUGGGAAGCGCUAGGGAGUUGGUGGCAGUCGACCUCUCCAAGAACCGUCUGAGAGGGAAGAUACCGGGGAGGGUGAUGGGUUUGGUCAAUCUGCAAAAGUUCGACGUCUCGGACAACCGGCUGAGCGGGAAGAUACCUGCCUAUAACAGGAGCUUCCCCGCUAAAUGCUUCAGGGGAAACCGCGGCUUGUGUGGGACGCCAUUGCCGCCCUGCAGACGCUAUUAACAUAGUAGAUGUUUCUAUUCAGGCUGAAGGGGAUGGUCGUGUGUGUGUCCAACUUCUUCUUCCACUUCUUCUUCUUCUUCCCCUCAGUCCCUUUUCUCUCCCUGGUUUGGCUUUGAUAGCGAAUGAGAAAGACAUUUUGCAUUUGAACACAAAUACUUUUUGGCGGGAAUCCUUUUGGGUACGAGAGUCCCAGAGGGAAUGGAAGAUGACUUGUUUGAUGAAAAUGGACCAAAAAUUUUAGAAUCAUGAAUCAGUACAAGAAAAAAUUUAGAAUUUC